GUGUAUACAGUGUUGGCAACUUAACUAUAAAUAAUUGAUUGCGUUUGCUUGUAAAUGGGGAUUUCUCUCUCACUUUCUUGUUCUGUUAGUUGGAACCAUGAGCUCUAAGAGAAAAUCAUAUCACUAAAGGUAAAAAACAAUAUUUUGGAUGUUGCUGGAUAAAGAGAAUUUUUUAAUAUCCGUUUCUUUGGGUAACUAGGAUUGUAGCUUGAUGGUCAAAUCAAUGAAGCUGUAAUGGAUCAUGUGUUGUUAUUUUGCUGUGUGUAAGUAGCUUUGUGUCUUUUAAAGUUCAGUAUUUUGGGGCAUCUAAGGGUGUGGCCUAGUGGUUUAUGAAGAGGGUUAAGAACCACAAGAUCUCAUGUUCAAGUCCUAGCGGAAAGAAUACUAGGUAUCAAGUAGAAUUAGUCGAGGUGCCCAUAAACUGGGCAGGACACCACAAUUAUAUAAAAGAAAGUUCAUUAUUCUGCAUCCUGUGUGCUGAAAUCAAAUAUACUCUCAAGUAACUGAGUUAUUUUGCAUCAUAUGAGGUGUUACUGAAAAUUUAAGACAUAUCUUAUUAUCAACUUCUGCAUGCUUAUUUUAUCAACUAUGGAGGUAUAUAACCAUAUUUAAUGGAAUACUCGGCAUAUGCAGGGAUUAACAGCAUCACAAGAGCAAUGACAACUGUAAGUUCUUAUUUUGAUGACUUGCGAUGUCAACCUGAGGUCAUUCAUCCUCCACAAAACGAAGACUGCAUGGACAUUGGUGAACAUAUGAAUGAGCCUGCUCAACAUACAGCAAAACCUAAUGUGACUGUUUCCAGUAGUGUUCGUGAAUUAUUGGAAUGCCCUGUAUGCUUAAAUGCUAUGUAUCCACCCAUCCAUCAGUGUUCCAACGGUCACACACUGUGUUCUGGUUGCAAACCUAGGGUUCAUAAUCGCUGUCCAACAUGUCGGCAUGAACUUGGUAAUAUCCGAUGUCUUGCGUUGGAGAAGGUGGCUGCAUCUCUUGAACUCCCAUGUAAAUACCAGAGCUUUGGAUGCAUAGGCAUCAUUCCUUACUACAGCAAGCUAAAGCAUGAGUCUCAAUGCUCCUUCAGACCCUAUAAUUGUCCCUAUGCGGGAUCAGACUGCACUGUCAUUGGUGACAUACCAUAUAUAGUUGCCCAUCUAAAAGAUGAUCACAAAGUUGACAUGCACAUGGGCAGUACUUUCAACCAUCGCUAUGUGAAGUCAAAACCCCAUGAAGUGGAAAAUGCUACAUGGAUGCUCACAGUUUUCAGUUGCUUUGGUCAGUACUUCUGUUUACACUUUGAAGCAUUUCAACUUGGAAUGGCACCAGUUUAUAUUGCAUUUUUACGGUUCAUGGGUGAUGAUGAAACAGCAAAGAACUUUAGCUACAGUCUUGAAGUAGGAGGCAACGGAAGGAAGCUGAUUUGGCAAGGGGUACCUAGAAGCAUCAGGGACAGUCACCGUAAGGUUCGAGACAGUUUUGAUGGCCUCAUCAUUCAACGUAAUAUGGCGCUCUUCUUUUCUGGUGGAGACCGGAAAGAACUGAAGCUCAGAGUUACUGGUAGGAUAUGGAAAGAACAAUGACGUCCAUUGUAGCAGUACACUUGUAGUUGUAGCAGCAGCAGUAGUAGUAGUACUGUUUUAGUUCAAGAAGUAGGUUUUUUUUUUAUCUAGCAAUCAGUUAAAAGUCUUCUGAUCAAUGUAUUUUCUUCAACCUCUCUUUGCCUUGUCCAUGAUUAAAAUACAUUAGUGAGAAGGCCUACGUCAGUUUGUAGAAUGUGUCUUGCUGUAGGUUGUAUUACUGUCACAGUAAAAGAUGUGUAUCCAUGAAGUUCUCUUUAUUGAAAUUCAAUAAGUUAGUUUAACCAAAAGGGGACAA